GCUCACGGUUCUCGGUCCGGCGCUUAUCUCCUUUGACGAAUCCGUAUUCGCUUGCACGUCGUUAACGUUCUCCAUCACGGGCGCCGGUGUUCGUCCGACCUUAUGGAGCGAUAGCUACGGGUUGUUGUGCAGAACCCAAUCAUCUGAUAGUAGCACAUGAGGGACAUGUGCUGACGUUGUCGGAACGGCCUCCUUAUAUAUAUUCUUCCACUCUAGGUCUGUUCUCGCGAUCUCGACCUGUCUGAAUUGUCAUCUUCGCGAAGCUGCUUGAUACUUAGCAUGUCGAACAGUCCGGCCUACGAGCUAGGCGUCGUCGAGAAUCCUCGAUCCUACAGUCAUUUUCGAACCUAUAGCGAUGCCGAUGCCCAGAAGCCAAGCGACACCUUAGCCGAGGAGGUCCAUAGUCCCGGUUCUCCAACGUUCAACCGCACGUUCUCAACGAACCCGGAGGAGGAAUCUUUGCUGGGUCAAGAGCAACGCCGCGGCUUUUUUCUCUGGGCUUUACUUCCGGGAUAUAUAUCAUUCUUAUUGACCGCUGGAACCGUUACUGGUCUGGUCGUAUGGCUAUUCGCUGUGAAGAUCAAGGUUGAUCGUGGUUGCCAUCAUAAUGAAUCGAAACCCUGCCAGUGGUACAUCCUCACGCACAUCCCCAUUUCCAAAAUCCUGACCCUCACUACUAUCGUCAACGCUGUCCAAUCUAAUACGAGUGGUUUCGUCAUGGGUGUCGCCGCGAUCUGGCUGGCUCGGUCAUGGUUACAACUCUCUGUCGCACGUUCAGAAAACAAUCUGUCUGUGCCGGAGAUGGCAUCCCUGGUGAACCUGUGUACCUCCGGCGGCAGGAUUUGGGCCUUAGCUGACAACGCCUCGUUGUUAUUUCAAGGUCCAAAGCCGCGAAAUAGGUCAACUAUCAUUCUGCAAGGCCUCUGGAUUGGACUCAUGCUUUACAUCUUCACUCACGCAUCGUCUUUGGCAGAUGUGUUUGUUCAUUAUGGCAUGUGGGAUAUGGACACGAUCGUGGGUGAUGCACAGAAUACACCCUUGAUUGCUGAGCAGACUCUCUGGGGCAGACGACUUCCCAGUGACUGUUUCGACAGUGGAGUCAACGGUGGACUGGGAUGCGCUAUGCAGUUAUGCCCCAAUGAAGCGUAUCACUGCCUUGUCGACCAGAGCGCGGCCGAUGCCGUGUCCGCAAACGUCAGUGGAACAGACCGCGUUCAUCUUGUCUUCGACCAGCUGCAAGACGAGCAAAACCACUCUUUAUUCCGCAGUAUGGCUGUCCUGCUGUCAGCGCAGGCUUUGAACGCGAGUAACUAUACGGCUGACAGCGUGGGGAUAUCCGUACAAUGUGUGGUUCAGAGCGAUGAAUGCAACCUAGCACUAAAUACUUCCUCGGGCGUUUUUCAAUACGAUUGCCCUGACUGGGAAACUAGCAUCAAUGAUACGUUGCUUAAUGGUGGGACAAACAAUAUGUGGUUCUAUGACGAGGAAUUUAGUGGUCAAGGCGGAUAUUGCUUCAGAACUCUUCCUUUUCUUGGUUCUAUUGCGGACUCGACUCAUUCCAACCCUGUCACUGGAUUUGUGGGGUCUGCUUCGGUACCUCGAUGGGGGAUUCUUUUGACGUGUAAUUUGACAAUCGUCGUGACACUUCUCAACGUCACGCGCACAAACACAACCGCGAGUAAUCAAGUGCUGCAGGCGAUUUUAACCACGCCGGAACGACGGGGAGCGGAUCUUGCCUGGGGUCAAGCCGAGACACAAUUCAUGUCUAAAGGUGGGUUUGUGGUGGGCAAUAGUUCCGUAUUUGCAGAUAUUUGGGCAUAUGCAUUCGCGUUUCAGGCCCUUGCCUUAACAACAUCAUCCCAUUACGAUGAAAUCCCCAUUCACGAGGGUCGAUUGUUAAAAAGUCUUCAGACAACUUUUGUACCAAUCUUGCCCCUUGCCAUCUUCGUCGUUGCCUCUUUAUUCUUCUGGUCAUGACCUUGGCAUUUCUCACGGUGAGCCCGUCCAUCAACUACCUAUCCGGUGGAAAGUCUGUUAGCGCGACCCGUCUGGCGCUCAUGCGUCUCACCGAU